CUAUGAUUUGUUUUUUUCUAUGGCAAUAAUUUGAAAAUGAGUGAAGUGAAGUGAGUCAAAGUAGGACAAAUCAAAAAUUCGCCAUUUUUACUUUAGUGAAGGGAGAUUUUAUAUUUGUCAGGCUGGAGGACGACGAUUAUAUUGAAAAAAGUGUGUCAUUAUAUUUAAUUUAUCGUAGCCGGGAUUGUUCUUUGGAAAGUUCUUAGUAUAAUAGUGUGGUUUUAUUUCUUACUAACGUUUGUAUGUAGUGCUACUUCUCCAUCGUAAGGUUGCUCGUUGGUGUGUCGCUUUAGCUAAUUCGAUGGCUAUGAUAUUGAAAUUGUAAUUUAACGUGUCGCUUUGACGUUCUCCAAAUCGGAUAAUAUCAAUAAAGUGUGGCGACGCCGUUAGAAAUGAGCAGGCCUCAAGGCGGACGCAUACAAGUCCCGGAUGACCUUAGAGAGAUAUUACUGGAGUUCACUAUAAGUUACCUUUUGGAGCAACCGGGAGACGUGAUCAACUACGCGGUUGAGUUCUUCACAAGGUUACAAAGCAACAGGACGACCACCAUAGUGAGGGGACCAGCCGCCGGCACGCCCGAUGAGUCUAUAAUAUCAGAUGAAGAAGAGCCGCCGGUGGCGCGCUUCAACAACCGUCGUAAGUCCGUGUUUGCGGAGACUUACGACCCCGAGGAAGAUGACUCGGACGAGGGGGCGCCCGUGGUGUUCCCCAAGUCGGACGCACAGCGCGCCCGGCUCGCUGAGGCGGUACGCGGUAUCUUGCUGUUCCGCUCACUGGAUGCUCAGCAGAUGCAGCAGGUGUUGGACGCGAUGUUCGAGAAGCGCGCCGAGCCCGGCGAGUACGUGAUCCGCCAGGGCGACGACGGCGACAACUUCUACGUCAUCGAGAACGGGGUCUUCGAUGUACUAGUCACCGGGGACGACCGCGUUGAAAAGGUGGUACACACAUACGAGGGCUCCGGUUCAUUCGGCGAACUGGCGCUUAUGUACAAUAUGCCCCGCGCUGCGUCUGUACGGGCGCAGAGCCCGGGUGCUCUGUGGGCCAUGGACCGUCACACCUUCCGUCGCAUCCUACUCAAGAGCGCCUUCAAGAAGCGCAAGUUGUACGAAGAGCUACUGGACAAAGUGCCCAUGCUAAAGGCACUGCAGCCGUACGAACGCGCCAACUUGGCGGACGCGCUGCUCCCGCGCACGAUCAACGAUGGAGAACUGAUCAUCCGGCAGGGAGACACCGCCGAUGGCAUGUACUUUGUGGAGGACGGAUCCAUCAGCAUCCGCAUCACGCGGGACGACGGCAACGAGCACGAGAUCAAGCGGCUCGGCAAGGGAGGCUAUUUCGGAGAGCUGGCUCUCGUCACCCACAAGCCUCGCGCCGCUUCCGCUUACGCCGUAGGCCCCACCAAACUUGCAUUCCUGGACGUGGAAACAUUCGAGCGCCUCCUCGGGCCGUGCAUGGAGAUCAUGAAGCGCAACAUCGACGACUACGAGGAGCAACUCGUCAAAUUGUUCGGCGACAAAAGCAACCUCACCGACGUGGGAUGCUCCGAGUCCGCCCCGCGUGUCUGUGUGUCCCCGGUGUUUCGAACCCAGUAGUUGUUAAAAUAGUAUGUGCAAUAAUUACUGUCAUAUAUCUGUGUCGUUUACAUCAAUAUCACGUGUUAAAUUUUGUCUGUGUGAAUUUAUUUAUAUAGAUUUUAAUGAAAUUCAUAGUAUAAGACAUACAUAUUUCGCUAUGUACUGAUGUUUAAGAAACUUUGCAUUCUUAUCACACCCGUCGGUAAAAUAGGAAUCAUAAACUGUCACACUCAUGUAUAUUCAGUUCUCUAUAGGUAAUAAUAAUAAAUUACAAUAUAACUAAGAUGUUAAUGAAAGCACAAAUGUUUAGAAGCAUGACUCGAUAGGAAUUUUCAAUUCUGUUGUCUUCCAUGGGACGCACAGAAAUCUGUCAGCUGUUCGCUCCUCGAGCCAUAUCUAGAGCUGAACUGAAGCAUCCUCUGGCAUAAAUGAUGUAAAAUUUAAAUGGAAUACGCUUAAAGUUAGCGUAAAUUUUUAUAAAUUAUACUAGUCAUUGGUGUCUAUCGUAGAUUUGUAACCUGUGACAGCACAUUGGAUCGGAACAUGCUCCAGUUUUCACAUUCACGUUAGAUAUAAGUUAUCAUACAUACCGGUUUCAUGAGACUAAGCAUAUCAGCGUGGCCCUCGCCGCCGUCUCCUAAAUAUUAUAUUUAAUUGCACCAACAUCAUGUACAUCCGGUAGCCAGUUGAAAACUAGUACCGCUUUUUUCACAUCAUGAGCUUACCCUGUACAUUUAUAAAAAAAAUGUAUCGUAAAAUGUUAGAAACUGAAUUAUAUUUGUUUGUAGAUCUAAUCCGUGUUUAUUUUAUCCCGUUUUCGUU